AUGCAGGGAGCGAAGGCGUAUGCGGCGGCAGUAUGCUUGGACCUGGUAGUCUGCUGCGUGCUUCACUACGGGGCUGCGUUGCUGUCUCCGUUACACAGUCCAAAAGCUCUGGAAAGCCUGGCGCAGGUAUGGGUCUUCGCAGGAAUCAGAUGGGCGAUUCUCCGCUUGUUCUGCGCACUGCUGCCCAGGUUAUUGGACAAAGCCGUAUUACACCGUUGUGUGGCUGCGAUAUGCCUUCUGGGUCCGGUGUACGAAAGCGGUCUAUUGGUUUUGUUGGGGAUGCACCCGGAGAAUUGGAUCGGAUCGCUUUCAAGUCCAGGGAAAACGCUCGUAGCCACGGCCGCCACGGCUAUCGCCUGUCUCUUUUGGGAAGUCAGUUUUCCAGACAGCUACCAAGAAACUUGCACAACUUCCAACGGUCAGGAGACGAAAAAGAGACAAAAAGCGAUGUUCAUGAGGGUGAUCCGCUACUCCAGGCCCGACGCCCUUUUCCUUUGUGCGGCUUUUCUUUUCCUCGCUCUGGCUGUCAUAUGUGAGAUGUUUAUCCCUUAUUACACUGGGAAAGUGAUUGACAUUCUGGGAUCCCACUACCAGCCAAGCAGCUUUGUAUCAGCCAUCUUCUACAUGGGGCUCUUCUCCAUGGGCAGCUCCCUGUCUGCUGGCCUCAGAGGGGGCCUGUUCAUGUGCACUCACUCCAGACUCAAUAAGAGAGUGCGCGUCAUGCUCUUCCAGGCUCUGGUCAAACAAGAGAUCGGAUUCUUUGAGGUCACCAAAACAGGUGACCUCACGUCCCGCCUCUCCACUGAUACCACUCUGAUGAGCCAGUCAGUGGCCAUGAACGUGAAUGUUCUGCUGCGCAGUCUAAUCAAGGCAGUGGGCAUUCUGUCCCUGAUGGUCAGCCUCUCCUGGAAGCUCACUGUGGUCACCUUCAUUGAAGCCCCACUCAUUGCCAUCUCUCAGAAGAUCUACAACACCCACUACGAGAGACUGUCGAAGGAGGUGCAGGACUCCAUCGCCCGAGCGAACGAUGUGGCGGGGGAGGGCGUGGCGGGCAUUAGGACCGUGCGGAGCUUCAACACGGAGUGCAGCGAGUCCCGUCGCUACGACGACAGGCUGAUGGACACCCACAACCUCAAGACCCACAGAGACAGUGUCAGGGCAGUUUACCUGCUCAUCCGCAGGCUGAUGUCUCUGGGCAUGCAAGCACUGAUGCUGUACUACGGCCGGCAGCUCAUCAAAGGGGGUCAGAUGAGUACAGGAAAUCUGGUGUCCUUCAUUCUGUACCAGGGAGACCUGGGGUCCUAUGUUAUGACACUAGUGUACAUAUAUGGGGACAUGCUGAAUUCUGUGGGCGCGGCCGCCAAGGUGUUUGAGUACCUGGACAGGAAGCCAGAGGUGAGCGUGGAGGGCAGCCUGCAGCCGGAGAAGCUGAGGGGACACGUCUGCUUCCGGGACGUCACCUUCUCCUACCCCACCCGCCCCGACCGCCCCGCCCUCAAGGGUUUGUCUGUGGAGUUGAAGCCAGGUCACAUGACUGCCCUCGUAGGGACCUCAGGUGGGGGGAAGAGCACCUGUGUGAGUCUGCUGGAGAGAUUCUACCAUCCACAGGAAGGAGAGAUCCUAUUGGACGGACAGCCACUGCACCUCUACCAGCACCAAUACCUGCACAGCAAGGUGGCCAUGGUGGGGCAGGAGCCCGUGCUGUUCUCAGGCUCCAUCAGAGACAACAUUGCCUACGGCCUGGCAGACUGCCCCCUAGAGAUGGUGCAGGACGCUGCACGCAAGGCAAACGCCCACGACUUCAUCAGCCGGCUGGAGCACGGCUACGACACAGAUGUUGGCGAGAGAGGCAGCCAGCUGUCAGGAGGUCAGAAGCAGCGCAUCGCCAUCUCCCGAGCCCUGAUCCGACAGCCGCAGGUCCUCAUCCUGGACGAGGUGACCAGCUGCCUGGACACGGAGAGCGAAUAUGUGGUCCAGCAGGCUUUAGCCAGUUCCCCCUCCCAGACCCUGCUGGUGAUUGCUCAUAGGCUGAAGACAGUGGAGAAGGCGGAUCAGAUCAUAGUGAUUGACAAGGGGGCGGUGCUAGAGCAGGGCACUCACCAGGAGCUGAUGGAGAGGAAGGGGCACUACUACAGACUGAAAGAGAGGCUGUUCACUGAAGACACAAAUGGCCAAGGAGAUCAGAGCAGUGAGAUGUAA